AUGGCUUUCUCCCAUGGCGGCACAUGGCCGGUGACCCCUACAGUAGUUCUGCUAAUGGGCGGCCUGUUCGCCGCCUUCCCUGCGGCGUCGGGCGGCCACCUCGACGCCGGUGACAUGCUGAUGAUGGACAGGUUUCGCCAGUGGCAGGCCACACACAACCGUUCCUACCUGAGCGCGGAGGAGAGGCUGCGGCGCUUCGAGGUGUACCGCAGCAACGUGGAGUACAUCGAUGCCACCAACAGGCGCGGCGACCUCACCUACGAGCUCGGCGAGAACCAAUUCGCCGACCUCACCGGGGAGGAGUUCGUCGCAAGGUACGCGUCGUCACACGACGCCGGCGGUCACACUGACUCGGUCAUCACGACGGCCGCCGAGGCUGACGGCCUCUGGUCGUCCGGCGGUGGCGACGACUCCUUGGAGGCUCCGCCUCCGCCCAGCGUGGACUGGAGGGCCAAAGGCGCCGUGACGCCGGUCAAGAACCAAGGCUCGCAAUGCUUCAGCUGCUGGGCGUUCUCGGCGGUGGCAACGAUGGAGAGUCUCUACUUCAUCAAGACAGGGAAGCUGGUGCCCCUAUCGGAGCAGCAGCUGGUGGACUGCGACAAGUACGACGGCGGCUGCAACCGCGGCUACUACCACAAGGCCUUCCAGUGGAUCAUGGAGAACGGCGGCCUCACCACAGCGGCGCUGUACCCAUACAAGGCGGUGAGAGGCGUCUGCUUCCGCGCCAAGCCCGCCGUCACCAUCACCGGGCACGCGGCGGUCGCCAAGAACGAGCUGGCCCUGCAGAGCGCCGUCGCGAGGCAGCCCAUCGGGGUGGCCAUCGAGGUCCCCAGCAGCAUGCAGUUCUACAAGAGCGGCGUCUUCUCGGCCCCCUGCGGGAUCCAAAUGAGCCACGCCGUGGUGACCGUCGGCUACGGCACCGACGCCUCCUCGGGGCUCAAGUACUGGCUCGUCAAGAACUCGUGGGGCCAGACGUGGGGCGAGGCCGGCUACAUCCGUAUGCGCCGCGAUGUCGGAGGCGGGGGGCUCUGCGGCAUCGCGCUCGACACCGCUUACCCGACCAUGUGA